ACUUCCGGAUUCUUCGUCACUUCCUUUGCAACCAAGCUUCUCCGUUGCUACGCUACAUGGAUACCGAGUCUGCUUGAUUCGUCUUGUUUCAUCGUCGACAACUUAAUUUAUAACAUAAACCAAUUUAACUGGAUUUUUUUUUUUUUCUUCUUUUUAACCAAAUUGACCAACCAUGGCGAAUCCCCACCGUACGAAUGUUCUGGUGACUUCGUGUCUGAAAACUCCGGUAGACCCGCACACCAAAGCUCCGUUAGCGUCAUAUGAACGGGGGAGAGUCCUCCCCUACACGGACACGGGCCACCUGGACAACCGGGACUACGAGAAGGAACUGGAGUAUGAAGACUUCGGAUCGGAUUUCUGUCAUGAGGACUAUCUGGAAAAGGGGGUUCCUCACAUGGGGAGUGGCGAUAAAGCAGCAGGAGACUGCCUCGACCUGAGUAAAAUCUUCUUUUCUAAUGAGGAAUAUUACAGCAAGCUGGAGGAGCUGAAAAAGGCCCACCUGCACACUAUGGCUGAGCUGGAAAGCAUGUAUCAACAAAAGCUGCAGCUCAAGUCCAUGGAGCCCUUAGAUAUGGCAACGCUGGAGCUAGGGAACAGGAUGCCCUGGCCAAAUAUAAGCCCUGCAGCUUCACAUCAUCAUUUGAGAAAGUCACACUCCGCUGUUGAACUCAGGCGGGGCUCUGGCCAGUCAGACUCAUCCGACGAGAAUGAAGCUGGCAGCAACAAUGUGGAAAAAGGUCUCCUGUUCUCUCCUAAAGAGUACAUCAGUAAUAUGUGGAAGGACUUCAAGGUGUCCCCCAACAAUCGUCACAUGUCCUCCUCCUCUCUGCACAGUAUUCCUGGAGACCAGAGGAGACUGAGGAAAAGGAGGGAGAAACGAGAGCAUGGAGAGCAGGAACACUGGAAACCCAAAGUGACUGUUCCAAAACCCUUCCAUAUGAUGCUGCGUGAAGCUGAGAAGCAGAAGCAUUGCAUAAAGACACGCUCUGAGGUUGAACUGGAGAAUGCAGAGCUGAGAAGACAGCUAGAGGAGCUGACAGAAUGCCAGAAGCAGUUUCGUGCCAGUCCUGUACCUGCACAUGUCCACCUUCCAGUUUAUGAAGAGCUGCGGGAGCGGAAUGAGGAGCGCCGGAGAACCAUGCGAGAACGAGAGGUGCACCAUCUUCGAACUGUUCAAAAGCCUUUCAGCUUCCUGGAGAGGGAGAGAUUAAAGAAAGAACAGAAACAGCUACAUCAGCAACAGGAAUCUGACCAGGACAAAGUGAAACCUUUCAAAGCGAAGCCUGUUCCAAAAUCUGUGUAUGCAGCUGCAUCAGGGGAGCAGAUGAAGGAGGAACAGUUGUAUCGCUCUAUCAAGAUACAGUUGAGGGCCCAAGAGAUGCUCCGGAGUGCUUCAGUGCCUCCCAGCAUGCUCACACGAAGUCUCAGUGAUCGGAAGAAGACCAAAGAUGGCAGCGCUGCAGCUGGAAGAGAUGAUAGCUUUUCCCACAAGCCUCAGAUAAACAAAGAGGUGCCUGAUUUCAAUGCCAGUUACAGACACUUCCAGAAGCAGCUGGAGAAAAGAAAGGAUGUGAAGCCUACAACCGCAUGUGAACCAUUUGAACUGAAGACGUCCCAGAUCUCUUCACACAGGGAGCGCAUCCUGGCAGACAUCGAGAAGGACCGUAGCAGCCCUCGGAUGCUGCGAUGGCCUUACAUCAACUCUGGAUCAGCACGGACCCCCAACUCAAGCCUCUGUUCGUCCCUCUCAGGAAGUCUGGAGCUACUUCCUGCCAAAUUUACAGGCACAACAAAAAAGCGUCAUGAAGCUGUGAGAAAGGCACUGGAACAGAGGAAAAGGGCUGAAGAAGAGGAGGAGCGUUACAGGGAAAAGCAGAGGGAGAGGGAAAAGAAGCUGCAGAGGAUGGUUUUAAAACGUGCCCAAGCAAAUGACCCUCAUCUUGCUCUUUCACAGACGCACAAGAGCAAACUGAAAGAGUUCAGGAAACAAGACCUUCAGCGCAAGAAGGAAUACAAGCAGGAGAUCAGAGAGAUGCGGGAGAGAGUGAAAGGAAGGCCACUGCUGUUGGAGCAGGUUACUCAGGCCUAAUUUUAUCUUCAUGGACGACAAUGCUCCAGCUCAUCGAGGUGGCAUCACUAGGGAACAGCCGCUGGAGACUGGGAGUACCCUGCACUUUCUCCAGACCUGAACACUAUAGAAAACCUAUAGGAUCAACUGAGUCUACGUCUAGGGUCUUGUAACCCUGAGAGCUGCCUUUCAAGAAGAGUGGGAUGCCUCGCCUCAGCAGACAAUUAGUCAACUUGUGACCAGCAUCAGAUGUCGUCGUGAAGCUGUAAUUGAUGCUCAAGAGCACAUGACACGUUAUUGAGAGAUUGACAUUUUGUUGUUGUGGUAUACCCACCACUGUUGUUGCCUUUGGUUUUAUUAAAUUGUUUGCGAUGAGAAAAAUCACCAAUACAUGCUUCUACUUAAACGCCCUGCUUUCAUGAUAUAAUAUCACUGUAGUGUGAACUUUUUAUGUUUUCCAUAAAUUUUACCUGAAAGCCACAUAUCACUAACAUACAUACAUAUAUAUAUAUAUAUAUAUAUGUAUGUAUGUUACUGUUCUAAUGAGAUGAGAUAAGUUAUCCUUGUUCUGCUGUGCUGUUUUUUUGACAGUGAUUCUGUAGAUGGAAUAGUAAUAGAAAAAUAUUAGACAUUAAAAAGUGAUCUUUCUCUAAAAAACAACUUUAAUUAAUAAGUGAUUAAUUAAUUUCUCUUUCUUAACCCUUGUAUGGUGACAGAGGAAUGCUAAACAAGCAGCAGAGAAGCAUUACAUCGAAACCCUGCGUGGAUAUGAUGUGACUGAGGACUUUAUUAGCAGCAAGGCAGACAAUUCAGCAUCUGAGCGAAAAACCUCCACACCCAGUGACAUUCAGA